GACGCCGCUGCUUCUCCACAGUGAAAUGUGACUUGAAAAAUCCACCUAUUCUAGUUCCUUUCACAGUUUCACUAUUAGAGCUUCCCUUCCAACGAUCUCUCAACUCUGACACCAGAAUUCCAGCUCCGCCAACACCCACACAAUACGUUGUUGUUGGAAAAUUUCAGCUCUUCCGAUUACAAUUUUUGAUUACGAAACUGGAGGAAAUUAUUAACUUUUACAGAAGGGCAAAACGCGGAUUAUUCUACGCAAUCGUUCUCCAAAAACAAUCUCAGUUAUCUAUAAGGUGUCUGUUUGCAAUAAUUUGGCUUAUGUGUAGAUUUCCCUUAUUAGAAGCUGUACCUUUGGAUGAAGCCACCUGUUCCGCCGACGCCGGUAUCCAAACCUUACUUUUUCUACGGCCACCGCCAACCCUCCCAGAACCGCCCCACCGUCCGCGGCGGUUUAUUCUCCAACCGCCAAACUCUGAACCCGAAGAAACUCGGCCGCCCCUCCGAGGAGCCGUUCGACCUCCAGAAAUGGGACCCCGACCAUAAAGCAAACCAAACACCUUUCCAUGUGAAUGACCCUUCUGAAAGAUUCUUCUUUUUAGCCAAGAACCUGUCCCCUAUCGCUAGAUACAUUGUAGAUGCCUUCAGAAAUCAUAAGUACUGGACUCCGGAGCUGGUGGCUGACCUUAAUCGCCUGCGCCGUGUGACACCGAAGCUGGUGUCCGAGGUUCUCAAGUUUCCUGACGUUGAUCCUAGGCUCUCAUCCAAGUUCUUUAACUGGGCUGGCAAGCAGAAGGGCUAUCGGCAUGAUUUCGCCUGUUACAAUGCUUUUGCUUACUUUCUGAAUCGGGCAAAUCACUUUCGGGCCGCUGAUCAGGUGCCUGAAUUGAUGCAUAUGCAAGGGAAGCCACCUACUGAGAAACAAUUUGAAAUCUUGAUUAGGAUGCACGCUGAUGCUAAAAGAGGUCUGAGGGUACACUAUGUUUAUGAGAAAAUGAAGAAGUUUGGUGUAAAACCACGAGUAUUUUUGUAUAACAGAAUUAUGGAUGCAUUAGUUAAGACUAACCAUGUAGAUUUAGCCAUGUCAGUUUAUAACGACUUCAAGGCGGAUGGUUUGGUGGAAGAAAAUAUGACUUAUAUGAUUUUGUGCAAGGGCUUAUGUAAAGCUGGACAGAUGGAUGAAGUGUUUAGCCUUCUAGAUAAGAUGAGGAAGAAUCUGUCCAAGCCAGAUGUUUUUGCGUACACGGCUAUGGUAAAGGUGUUGAUCUCAGAAAAAAAUUUGGAUGGUUGUUUAAUGGUGUGGGAAGAGAUGCUAAAGGAUCGUGUUGAUCCAGAUGUCAUGGCUUAUACUACAUUGGUCAUGGCGCUUUGUAAAGGUAACCAUGUUGACAAGGGUUACGAAUUGUUUAAGGAGAUGAAAGAGAGAAAUUAUUUGAUAGACAGGGCUGUUUAUGGAACUCUGAUUGAAGCAUAUGUAGUGGAUGAGAGGGUGGGUUUAGCUUGUGGAUUGCUCAAAGAUUUAUUGGAAUCUGGGUACAGGGCAGAUUUGGCAAUAUAUAACUCCCUUAUAAAAGGGUUGUGUACAGCAAAGAAGGUUGACAGAGCUUAUAAGCUUUUCCAUGUGACAGUUCGAGAAGAUCUUCAACCAGAUUUUGAUACUGUUAAUCCCAUCUUAGUGUCUUAUGCAGAGUCAAAAAGAUUAAAAGAAUUUUGUGAGUUUCUUGAGCAAAUGCAGAAACUGGGGCUUUUUUCCACCGAGUAUCUAGUCAAAUUCUUUUCUGGUUUGGUUGAGAGGGAGGAUGGUGUCGUGGUGGCUCUGGAAGUGUUUGAGUACUUGAAAAUUCAAAAGUGUAUUACUGUUCCAGUCUACAAUAUACUUAUGGAGGCCCUUUACAAGAAUGGUGAGGAAAAGAAGGCAUUGGUACUCUUCAAUGAACUUAAUGAACUUGGCAUGGUACUCGACUCAUCAACUUACAGUAUUGCAAUUUUAUGUUUUGUUGAAGUUGGAGAUGUAAAAGAGGCUUGCGUUUGGUACAACAGGAUGGUAAAAAUAUCAUCUGUUCCUUCACUUGAUGCUUAUUCGUCUCUUGUUAAUGGCCUCUCUCAAAUGGGAGAGUUAGAUGCUGCUAUGUUGCUGAUUCGUGACUGCUUGGCCAAUGUGGAAAGUGGUCCAUUGGAAUUUAAGUACACUCUUACAAUUAUCCAUGUUUGCAAGUCAAAUGAUGCCACAAAGGUAAUUCAAGUUGUAAACGAAAUGGUUGAACAAGGUUGUCCUCCAAAUGUUGUUACAUGUGCUGCUAUUAUUUAUGGCAUGUGCAAUCAUGGAACAAUGGAAGAGGCGAGGAAAGUCUUCUCAAUCAUGAAAGAUUCCAAAUUUCUUAGUGAAGCUGAUGCAAUAGUCUAUGAUGAGAUGCUUGGAGACCACAUGAAGAAGACGACUGCAGGUUUACUGUUGUCUGGGAUAAGAUUCUUUGGCCUGGAGUCAAAAUUGAAGGCAAAGGGCUGUUCGGUUCUCUCCAGUUGAACUCAUGACCCAAGCAAUGAUGAUCCCUCUGAGCUAGGAUUUUUUCCGGUGGAUGGUACAAAGACAAGAAGAUGGUUAAGCUCGGCUUAAACGUUGUAUAUUGAUUGGUGACCAUCACCAGCUGGAAGGUGCUUCCUGUUGUGAAAAAUAUGGCUUUUCAGAAAUACAGCCAUAUGGAUCAAAGUCUUUUCACAAGAUUCUUCCGUAUGGGAAUUCCCUAUAUUGAGCUCAACGCCCAUGGAAGAGCUAGACCUAGUUUAGCUCGACUUUAUAAUUGGAGUUAUAAAGAUCUUGGAGAUCUUCCAUAUGUGAGAGAGAAUGAUAUCUCUUGCCAGGCAAAUGCUGGAUUCUCCUUCGAAUAUCAGUUGGUGGAUGUUCCCGAUUACCAUGGGAGAGGUGAGUCUGCUCCUUCUCCCUGGUUCCAUCAAAAUGAAUGAGAGGCUGGGUAUGUUGUUAGUGUGUGUAUAUACAUGUGUUGCUUGGGUAUCCAGCCGUAGAUGUGUCCCAUACUAUGCUUACAAAUUGCCAAUAUAGUUAUUAUGUACCUAGAAAGUAUAAGAUGCAGAGGCUCUUCAUGUGCU